GGAACGGAGGAAGGCGGCCCGAGAGGGUUACGGUUCCUAUGGCGGUUAACUCGGUCAACCGCCUGGCUUCUGGCAGGAGGCUCGAUGGACGCCUUAAGGUCCGAGAGAUGGUGAGGUCCGGGCCUCGGUCAUCGCAGCAGGUAUCAGCAGGAAGUCAGACUGGAUCAAGUAAAUUAACAACUGGAAAGAAAGGGAUCCAUAUGAGAAAAAUAGCCCGUGCUGAUAUAGAUUCUGGUUACUCCCUGCACUCUACUGAUUCUGAUGAACAGGUUGGAGCAGUGCCCCAGGGACUUGAACGUUGCGCAUCUUUAUUCCAGGAUAUUUUGCAAAAUGAAGAGACAACCUAUGGGAAUCCAGGAAAAGGAUCUUCUAGGAAGCUUGGAUCCAGACCUUGGGAAUACAAAGGAAACAAACCAAAAAAGAAAGGACUUCCCAAAAAUGUUCCUUCUUGUGUCCGUAAAGAAAUUUUGUCUUCAGGUCAAAAGAAGCAUCCAGCUAAUAUAGCUUCUCCUGAAAAUGAAAAAGACCCUUCAAGCACAAAACAGAUUCAACCAAAUCAAGUACCUUUCAACUUUGACUUUUCCACGAUGUACAAAUCCUUCUGUGAGCACGUGCAGACACAGAUGUCUCUGAUCAAUGCCCAAAGUUCUCAAAGUGUUUCUGACUCUGGUCCUCCAGUCUUUAAUUAUGGCAUACCCACCUCCACACCAGUUCUUUCUCCUCAUCCAACCCAGCCUUCUGAUGUUCAAUCUGAGACUCAGGCUCCCCAACAAAGUGGAGCAGUGUCUCUAACUUCUACUAAUGCUCCAGGUCAAACCAUCAUCACUAAUCUUCAGCACACAUCUUGUCUGCCCACUUCUGGGGAAAACAACCCAGCUACUCCAGUUGUUCAGCCUUUAGUCCAUAAUAAUGGAAUUCUAGCAGCACAAGGAAUAUCUGAGCAGUUGGGCAAAGAAAUCAAUCUAUUAAAAUGUAUCCAGGCUUCCCUGGAUCUGUUACAUCCUCAGGGAGUAAAAGCACAUGAGAAACACCAAAACUCUGACCCAAUAGAGCAGUCUACGAUCUUGGCCACUGAAGAAGAAUUCUCCUCAGUACCUAUUUGGGAAUCUUUAAGUGAUGACGAAAUAGCAGCUAUGCAAGCCCCAAAUUCUGCCAAGUGUUUACCAAAGGCAAAAAGUGCAAGUCCAGAAGAAUUAUCCCCCAGAAUGAGAACACUCAAGUAUUUAUUGGGAGAACUCAAGGCACUGGUUGCAGAGCAAGGGGAUUCUGAAAUUCAGAGGUUGAUUAGAGAAGUGGGAGAGUGCAUAUCCCUGCUUCCAGAAGUAGCCGAAAAUACUAAAAUGGAGGGUGAAAUAGCUUUAGCUAUGCAAACCCUAAGAAGUGAAAAUACUCAUUUACGCAGGCGAUUGAAAGCUAUAAGCCAGAGACUCAGAGAACAAGAAAAAAUGAUGAAGUCAUCCGAUUCCCUGGAUUACAACUUUGAAUUAAUUUCUACACAGUCACUCAAUAUGUCCCUGCAAACCCAAUUGAAGGAAUCAUUGAGGAAUCAGAAGUUACUGAAGAGCAAGAAUGACAAACUCUUAAAGGUGGUUGAAAACCAGAGAGAAGAGUAUAAGAAGUAUGUCAAGCUGUUUCAAGAGAAAGAUAAAAAACUAUUUGAAAAUAAAAAGCACUUUGAGAUGGAGAUUGCAAAGAUUAAAAUUGAAUUGGAGGAAGCCUUGGCCAAUGUGAAGACCUACCAGUUUAAGCUAGAAACAUCUAGGAAAGAAAAUAAAAUCUUGGAUGUAACAUUAAACCAGCGUGAAGCUGAAAUCACCCGUCUAAAAGAACUAACCAGAACUUUGCAGAACAAUAUGGCACAACUCCUCACAGACCUCAGUAUGGACCAUGUUCUCUAUAAGCCUGAGAAAAUAUUUACCAGAUCCCUUCUAGACAUUCAUGAAAAACAUCUACAGCGUAAACAGUCUCUACCUCAGUUUUCCAUGGGUUACCUUAAAAAGUUAGAAAACGACCAAAUUUUCACUCGCUCAGAGUCACCAUUUUUAAAAGAAGAUCGAAAUGGGGGAGUGCCAGAUGUGUCCUAUGAAAAUUUCCUAAAUCCUGACUGUAAACACAAAUCCCCAGGUUCACCUAAUGAAUUAGACCUUGAGACUUCUCCUUAUCAUUCAAAGAUACUUUCAGAAGUAGAGAGUGAGACAGACACAUUAAUAGAUGAUGAAUCCAGACUAAAUGAUGAGACAAUUUACCUCCCAUUUGCUAUAAGCUCUUCUAAAAAGAAAUCUACCCCUGAAAGAAAAAGUCCGUUGCCACAGAAUAAUGUCUCUAAAUUAUCUGGCAACAAUGGAAUUCCUGGUUCUGAAAAACAAAAUGAGCUUCUUAAGCCAACUUCUUUAUUUGUGUCCUCAGAAGAUGCAAAGGCUAAUUUUGAAAAGUUCCCAAAUACAUCUUCUCUGAAGAGGGAAACAGAAGUUGCAUCUGAAAAGAUAAGGGCAGUUAAUGUGGAAGAUGAGCAACUCCUAAUGAAAAUAAAGGAGGUAAUCAGUAAGAUCCCUAAUGACUUUAUGGACAAGUCUUCAGUUCAUCGUCAUACUUUGGCAUGUCAAACUGCCACUUCUAUGAUGAAAAACAAUACUCUCUGUGACUACAGCUUUUUAAAUUCUGAUCUGAUGUCAAGAAUGUCUGACUGGAGUGUGUCUUCCCUCUCUUCAUUCACUUCACGUGAUGAACAGGAUUUCAGAAAUGAUCUUGCAGCAUUGGAUGCCAACAUAACUAGGCUACAAAAAACUUUACAGACUGGCCUGCUGAAGAAAUGAAUCUAAAACAAAACUGAGUGUGUCUAUUCUUCAUUCGUUACAGAAUAUUUUGAUACUUUGUGCUCUGUUUUUGGAGUGGCUUAUAAUGAGUGUUUUAUGUUAGUUUAAAUUAUGGGUGAUUUAACUUAUUAGUGGAAUAAACUAAAUUUAUUAUUGCAUUAAA